UCUGGCAGUGGAAACCCUGACAAUCAUCAAUGGCGGCACUGUUUACUCCUUCCCCACUACAGGUCGGAUUCUGAUUCUCUCUUCUUCUUCGACCUGCAAUCCAAUCCAGAACAAGAUUCUCUUUUUCCAUCUCCCCGCCUCCUCUUCUCAUAAAUGGCUUCUUCAGCAUCUCUCUAUACGAUUUCGUUAAACAAAUCAAACCAUGUUUCCAAAUCUCUUGAAUCAACUGAUAAUCUGUCUCCCAUUAAGUUGAGCAUUUCCAACAAAUCGGUUCUUCCCAAUUUGAAUCUUAUGUCUUCUGGGAGCCGAAAGCAAUGUGUAAGAAGGUGUUCAGCUUUAGAGGUCAAUAAGAAUAACAACUCGAUUUUAGCUGGAAAUAAGUUUCAUCUCGAAGAUGUAAUAGAAGCUCAGCAGUUUGACAGAGAUACACUUAGUGCGAUAUUUGAAGUGGCUAAAGAGAUGGAAAAGAUUGAGAAGAACUCAAGUGGAAGCCAAAUCUUAAAGGGUUAUUUAAUGGCAACCUUGUUCUACGAGCCCUCUACUAGAACAAGACUCUCUUUUGAAUCAGCUAUGAAACGUUUAGGUGGUGAAGUUCUUACCACAGAGAAUGCAAGAGAGUUUUCAUCUGCUGCAAAAGGAGAAACACUUGAAGAUUCUAUAAGAACUGUUGAAGGGUAUUCGGAUAUAAUAGUAAUGAGGCACUUUGAAAGUGGUGCAGCCCGAAGAGCUGCGGCCACAGCUAGUAUUCCUGUUAUUAACGCUGGGGAUGGUCCUGGACAGCAUCCAACUCAGGCUCUUCUUGAUGUGUACACGAUUGAAAGAGAGAUUGGAAAACUAGACAGCAUUAAUGUUGGAUUGGUUGGUGAUCUAGCAAAUGGCAGGACAGUAAGAUCACUUGCAUAUCUAUUAGCCAAGUUUAAGGAUGUUAAGAUUUACUUUGUUGCCCCUGAAGUGGUCAAAAUGAAGGAUGACAUAAAAGAUUAUCUGACCUCCCAAGGUGUAAAGUGGGAAGAGAGUGAUGAUCUAAUGGAAGUUGCAUCUAAAUGCGAUGUGGUUUACCAAACGAGGAUUCAGAAAGAGAGGUUUGGGGAGAGGAUUGACCUUUACGAAGAAGCUAGAGGGAAAUAUAUAGUGGAUAAGUCUAUCUUGAAUGUGAUGCCAAAGCAUGCUGUAGUUAUGCAUCCUCUUCCAAGGCUCGAUGAGAUAACGGUUGAUGUUGAUGAUGAUCCAAGAGCAGCUUAUUUUAGACAAGCCAAGAAUGGUCUUUAUAUUCGGAUGGCUAUACUGAAACUACUUCUGGUUGGCUGGUGAUUUCCAUUUUUAUUCAAUAAAAAAGCCUUUAGCAUUUUGUUUGGGAAUUUCCGAAUUUUGCAGAUAUAUGAGGUUAUAUUAUUGUCUUGACUGAAGAGGUUUAAAACAUUUUUGCCCAACAUAAUGAGGCUGAGGUUUGACAUUCAAACAUUUCUAUUUACACGUCUUAAUAGUAUAAUACAUACUUGUGCUUGAGUUCCA